AUGGCUUCUUCUUCCAGGGCUGUUGUAUCGAGGAAGCAUGAGGUUUUCCUCAGUUUCUGUGGCGAGGACACCCGGACCACGUUUCUCAGCACCUUACACGGAGCUUUGACGCGGGAAAAUAUAGAUGUUUUCAUUGAUGAUGAACUUAACAGAGGAGAGGAGAUUUCGUCAUCUCUUGUGACUGCAAUUGAAGAAUCAAUGAUUUCAGUUAUAAUUUUCUCGGAAGGUUAUGCGUCUUCAAGAUGGUGUCUUGAAGAACUUGUUAAGAUCAUGGAGUGCAAGAAAACGCAAAAACAGGUGAUAAUACCAGUUUUCUAUUGCAUAGAUCCAUCAGAAGUAAGGAAUCAAACUGGAGCUUUUGGAGAUGGAUUUGCCAGGCUCGUAGGAAGUUUUGAUGAGGAGAAACUAAAGAAGCUACAAUUAACAGGAGAAAAAUUUAAGGAAAAGGUUGAGGCAUGGAAAGAUGCUUUGAGAGGGGCAGCCAACAUAUCUGGCAGGACAUCAAAUCGGAGAACGCUUAAUUAUAAUCUUGCACAGAAAGUUAUUGAAGAUGUUUUGAAGAUCUUAAAUUUCAUGUCUCCGAGUAAUAAUGACAAGAAAUUGGUUGGGUUAGAAUUAAUCAUUCACAAAAUUGAGUCUCUCUUGCAAAUUGCGUUGCCAAAUGUUCGCACUGUAGGAAUUUGGGGAAUGCGUGGCAUAGGAAAGACAACUAUUGCAAAGAGUGUAUUUGACAGAAUAAGCAAUCGGUUUGAAGGUUCAUACUUUGCUAGAAAUGUUAGGGAAGAAUCAGCAAGUCCUUAUGGACUAACUCCAAUGCGGCAAGAACUGCUUUUUGCUAUAUUAAAGGAUCGUAUUGGCUUCACAAAAGGAAGACUUGGUCGUAGAAAAGUUCUUAUUAUUUUUGAUGAUGUGACUAGUUUAGAACAAGUAGAGUUUUUAAUUGAAAAUUUUGAUUGCUUAGGCUCAGGAAGCCGAAUCAUUAUAACAACAACAGACAAACAAGUACUUCGAAAUUGUGGGGUAGAUGAUAUUAAUAUAUGUAAGAUAAAGGGGCUACAUAACAAUGAAGCUCUUCAGCUUUUUAGUUGGUAUGCUUUUCGACAAAAUCGUCCCAAUAUAGGUUAUGAGGACUUGUCAAAAAGGGUAGUAAAAUAUACUAAAGGUGUUCCCUUAGCUCUUAAAGUGUUGGGUUGUUGCUUACUUGGCAAGUCAAAAGAAGUUUGGGAAAGUGCAUUGAAAAAAUUUGAAAUAAUUCCUCAUAAGGAUAUUCACAAAGUACUAAAAAUAAGUUAUGAUGAACUAAACGAUGAUGAGCAAAAUAUAUUUCUAGAUAUUGCAUGUUUUCUUAAAUGGCAGGAUAAAGAUUUUGUGGUUGACUUCUUGAAUGCUUGUGACUACGAGGCAGAAUUUGGACUAAGUGUUCUCAGUGAUAAAUGUCUCAUAACUAUGACAGAAGAUAACAAGUUAACAAUGCAUGAUUUGCUUCAAGAAAUGGGUUGGGAAAUAGUUCGACAAGAAUCUAUACAAGAACCGGGUAAACGUAGUCGUUUAUGGUAUCAUAAAGACGUCUAUAGCAUAUUGGAAGAAAAUAAGAUUUCUAAUGUAAUUGAAGGCAUCUGUUUAGACAUGUCUAAACAAGGAGAGAUCAUAUGCUUAGAACGUAGUGUUUUAGCAAAGAUGGAUCAACUUAGAUUCUUUAAGCUGCAUAAUGCGCUCAAUGAAGAGAAUGAUAUCAACAAGGUGCAUGUUUCCCAGGAGCUUUGUUAUGUUUCGCAUAAACUACGAUACUUGUGUUGGCAUGGAUGUCCACUGAAAUCACUGCAGUCAAACAUUUUUUCCAAGAACCUAGUUGCCCUUGACAUGCCUCAUAGCAGUAUUGAAGAACUUUGGCCUACUGUCCAGCUUGAUCGUUUGAAACAUGUUAACCUAAGCUACUCUAAACAUCUAAAAAUCCAAGAUCUGUCAUUGGCCCCUAAUCUGGAGAGUUUGAUUUUAGAAGGCUGUACAAGUUUGUGUGAGGUUGUCUCAUCCAUUUAUGGCCUCAAUUAUAAGCUUCGUAUCUUAAAUCUGAGGCACUGUAAAAGUCUUGAUAGUCUUCCAACAGACAUUCAUCUACAGUCUCUCGAAAAAGUUAUCUUUUCUGGAUGCUCAAAUCUUAAGAAGUUUCCACAGAUCUUCUGGAACAUGAAAGAGUUAUGUUUAGAUGAAACUGCAAUAGAGGAGUUGUCGUCCUCUAUAGAGAAUUUAUCUAGACUAGUUUUGUUGGAUAUGAAGUACUGCUCUAAGCUUGAGAGACUUCCAAUAGAUAUCUGCGAGUUAAAGUCUCUUGAAUAUCUCAAUCUCUCAGGGUGCUCAAAACUUCACGGGUUGCCUAAUAACUUGGGAAAUUUAAGAGCUUUGAGGGUGCUUAAAGCAGAGAGGGUCAUUACAAGAGAAGUACCAACGUCCAUUCUAAAUUUGCACUGGCUAGAAGAACUAGAUCUAACCAACUGUGGUAUUGAGGAGUUGCCAAAUAAUCUAGAUCAGUUAUUCACACUACAAAGUUUACGUCUGGGCAGAAACUUUUUUGAGAGCAUUCCAACAAGCAUUGAAGGCUUGGUUCAAUUGUCUUAUCUUGACAUAACCUAUUGUGAGAGGCUUAAAAUCCUACCAAGGCUUCCAAAGUAUUUAGCAAAUAUAGAUGCAAACAACUGCACAAAAUUGGAAGUAUUAUGUAGUUUGUUCCUUCCUUGGUUUAAAGAAUUUGCUGGAAGCAUGAGAAUGAACUUAAGCAAUUGUUUCAAACUGGAGCUAGAUUCCAUCUAUGAAAGAGCUUUCCAACAGUGGAAAACCAAUGAUUUUUUUAUAACGAAUCGUUAUCAAAAGAAAAGUGGCUGUAUCUGUUUCCCUGGAAGUGAAAUUCCAGAGUGGUUGGUAUCUCAAAGAGUCGGAUCUUAUAUAACUCUGGAUCUACAGGGAGAUCAUCACUCUAGUAAGUUGACUACUUAUCUUCUUCUCUGUGCUGUUGUGGAGUUUAAAAACUAUCAUAAUGAAGGAGAGGGUUUGGUGGUUGGGUUUGAGUACUUGUUUACAAGAGAAGAUGGUAUAAUGGAUGUGCUCCAUGGAACUUUGAGGGGAUGGGAGCGUGGUACUGGACCCGACUAUGUGGACUCGGAUCAUGUAUUCCUGGGAUAUGAUUUCCCUUUUUAUAUCUCUGGUUCAAACAGUAUUAAAGAUUACAAAUAUUGUGAGAUAACCAUCCGAUUUUAUGUUGAGAAUCUAAUUACUAAAAGAGAAGAUUUUUGCAAAGUGAAAAAGUGUGGAGCUUGGAGUCCAGUCUGGCAGUCAAGGGACGAGAAACCAGAGUUCAAGGAUGAGAAACCAGAGUUCAAGGACGAGAAACUAGAGUCGAAGAAAUUAAAAACUGAAAAUUUCUAUGUUGGCGAAUCUAGCACACGGUAA